GUUAUGUUCUGUCCCUACGAAGGACAAUCCCCAGAUUCUUAAGCCCAAACUGUUUGAAUUCUACGAAAUACAAACCAUGCCACCAACCGUCAUUCUCAUACGUCAUGGCGAAGCUUUACACAACAUCACCAAUGACUGGUCACUUUUCGACCCAGGUCUUAGUGAUAGAGGCAUACAUUUAACCAAAAAUCUUCAGGGGGAGUUUGAGCCAGGUUUCCCUUUCAAGCCCGAAGAGUGCCUUAUAGUGGUAAGCCCUCUGAAAAGAACGUUAGAGACCGUCAAGUAUGGUUUCCAAUGGCUUCGAAAUCGUGGUGUUCGUGUCGAGGUUCGCGCCGAAUGGCAAGAAACAACGGACAACCCUUGUGAUAUUGGCACCCAUCCCGAGCUCAUCAAGUCACAGUGGCCAGACAUAGAUUUCUCGAAGUUGGACCCCGUCUAUCCCCAGAAGACUGGCUUGUAUGAGAAUUCAGAGGAGGCAUUUCAGAGAAGGGGAGCUUUCGCCAAAGAAUGGCUCUACAAUCGUCCCGAAAAAUGUGUCAUCGUUGUGACGCAUUCGGGCUUUAUUCGAAGACUUGUCACGGGACCAAAAUACAAGAACUUAGAGUACGGAUCGUAUAAGCUUGUCAAGAACUCGGAGGGUCUCGAACUUGAGGAGCUCCACAGGGUUAUCGUCAAUGAUUUAUAGGAUUACCGUCCAUGAUUGAGCCGGGUUAGAGGUACUGUGAAUAUCAAAGAUAAUGCAGAAACAAUGGGUCCCGUAGUUAUCAUAGGAAUUAAAAAUGCAAGAAAUUCCUGUCAAGUGCG